AUAGAUGUCUAUUCCAGCCAGCAUGAGCUUAUCCGCUGUUGGGGUCGUUGGUGCCGUCAACGAAUGUGUCACUUUGUUUCAAUGGGCCAAAUCUGCCAUUCCCUCUCUUUACUCCCGAUGGAGUGGCUCACAGGAGCAGAUUCUCCAGGACCAUGUGUUGCAGUUGGAGAGUGGCCUACAACGCCUCAGGGACACCCUUCCUGCAAUGUACGACCUCGUUAAUAAAGCAGAGUGGAGAAGCCACGAACCUGUUGUGGCCAAGCUCCUUCCUAAUCUCAAGGAUGCAGUAGCUGAGGCCGAGGAUCUUCUUGAUGAAUUUGGAUGGUACGAGAAGAAGGUACAAGUGGAGGGCAAUGCAAGCCAAUCUUCUUUCAUUGACUUCUUUCAUACCGUCGUACAAGGCAGCUUCAACAAACUGAAUGAUGUACAAUUGAGGUUGAACCAUCUUUCAAGUCAGCUAGAAAAUAUGGGGCUUCGUGGAGUUACACGAUGCUUUGACAAAUUAGUCAGGCCAGAGACCACAUCCUUGCCAAAUGAAACAAAAAUAUUUGGUCGUGACAAGGAACUAAAGCAGCUAUUGGGAUUUCUCAAUGUACCUACAAUUUCAAAACGCAAGAGAGCAACUAAAACUAGUUCAAUCAAUGCAUCAGCAAGCAACCAUGUUAGUAAUGAAUCAAGAGCAUUGGAUCUUCCUGUUUUGCCAAUUGUUGGAAUUGGUGGUGUUGGAAAGACUACAUUGGCCCAACAUAUUUGUAGCCAUCAACAAGUGAAAUCUCACUUUGAACUGAUAAUUUGGAUUUGUGUUUUAGAUGACUUUGAUGUGAAGAGGUUAACUAAAGAAGUAAUACAAUCAUGUACUGGAAAUGAGGCAACCAGUGAUAAUUUGGAUUCUCUUCAGCGUGCUCUCUCUAACCAUGUGAACAACAAAAGGUUAUUGAUAGUUCUUGAUGACACGUGGGAUGAUGCCUUGAAGGAAAAUGGGCAGUGUUGGAAGAGGUUUUGUGCACCUUUUAGAAGUGCCCUAGAUGGAAGUACAAUGUUGGUCACCACUAGAUGUCCAAAUGUUUCCCAGGGGGUACGCACAAUGGAGCCGAUUAUAGUUGAAGGUCUGAAGGACGACAUCUUUUGGAAUUUCUUCAAAUUGUGUGCGUUUGGAUCAGAGGGUUCUAACAGUGAUCCUGAGUUAGAGCACAUUGGUAAAUGUAUACUUCCUAAGCUGAAGGGUUCACCUUUGGCCGCAAAAACUCUAGGGCGCAUGUUAAGCAUGGACCUUCAAGCAUCGCAUUGGAAUUCCAUACGUGAGAGUGAACUGUGGGAGUUGAAACAAGAGGAGACUGACAUUUUGCCUGCACUUCGGUUGAGCUACAUGUAUUUACCGUUCUAUUUGAAGCAAUGCUUUGCAUUUUGUGCUGUGUACCCCAAAGAUUACAAAUUUGAUAAGACACUCUUAGUUGAAAUUUGGGCGGCAGAAGGCCUUGUGGAUCCUCAAGGUGGUAUUCCGAUUCAAGAUAUUGGUUAUCAGUAUUUUGAAGACCUUGUCACACGAUCCUUCUUCCAAAAAAUCAGCAGUAGAUAUAUGAGUUACCAGAUAAUAUUGGCAACUGGAAGCAUCUUCGGUACAUUGAGAUCGUCAAAGCUGAUUUUAUAUGCCAAGAAUUGCAGGCUAGAGAGCUUGCCCGAUGGCUUUAUUAAGUUGAUUAGUUUACGGAAGUUCGAAUCAGUUGGAUUAACAUAUUAUGAUGGGCGUCGUAUGUGUCUUGGUCACACCAAUAAGUGCAGAGAAUUUACGUUACUAAAGAAUCUGAACCGGUUUCGUGGGCACUUGCAGCUUAUUGAUGUUCGCGUGCUAAGUAAGGAUCAUGCCGCAGAAGCAGACCUGAAGAAUAAGAAAUAUCUUCAUGGGUUGAAACUGGAUAUGGGGAAGCCUGAGGAUCAUGCCAUAUAUUACCAUGGGCUUUAUAUCCCCAACAAUGAUAUAGAAGUGGUUGAAGUUCUGCAGCCUCCUCUCAGUCUGAAGUCUCUCGUCCUAAAAUAUUAUGACAGUAUCUCGCUCCCAAGUUGGUUUCAACCAAAAAACCUGACAAGCUUAAAAUCACUUACUUUUGAAUGUUGUUUUCAACUUGGGAGCAUAUCACCUCCCUUUAUCUCACGUGGAAUAAACAUAAAUGCGAUACCUGCAGUUGCUAUAUUCUUGUGCCUGGAAGAGGUAACCAUUGAUGGGUGCGACAAUAUAUCAAGCAUCGAGCAUUUUCUGCAUCCCGAUUAUGUACCAGCCAUCAAGAAAAUAAGAAUUAAAAAGUGCAACAUGUUAGCAUCAGUAGCAACUGAGAAGUUUGGGGAUUUUCAUUUCCUUGAAGAACUGGAGGUGCACCAUUGUCCAAAAUUCUGCUCCCAAAGAUUGGUAUCGUCGUCCCUUAAGAAACUCGGCCUGCAUAGUUCUGGUCUCUUUUGGACUAUUGACUGCUGCUCCCUCACCUACUUUCAUUUGGAAUGGGAGUUUGUCACAUCCAUUGAUCUAGAAAUGUGGAGUCUUCCAUCUCUACGGGAGUUAAUCAUUAGAUGCAAAGCUCUUGCAUCUAUUGGAGGCAGCCUUACAGCAUUCUCAUCCCUUAGGAUCCUAACAGUUAUAUACUGUGAUAAAUUGUCCACGCUUGAUGACCUCCUAACACAAGAAUAUCUACCUGCUAUUGAGGAAAUUAACAUCAGACAUUGUCACGAGUUACUUUCUCUUCCAGCUGAAAGGUUUGGGAGUUUUUCUAAUCUAAAACAUAUGGAGGUUUUACAGUGCCCAAGUCUCAGCUGGCAACAAGGAUUAGCACUGCCAUCAUCUCUUCAAAGGCUCAGCUUAAUGCGAUGUGGGGAUGCCUCUCCAUAUGUUCUUAACUGCCUACGGAACCUCACCUCCCUUGUCUCACUGAACAUGGGUGGAUGCACCGGUAUAACAUCCAUUCCAAGUGACAUUUGGCUCGGUAAUCUUGCAUCACUUGAGAAAUUGGUGAUCAAGGAUUGUCCAAACCUAGUUUCAAUUGGUGGAGCAAAGGCAGUUGCAAAAAUAAAGACUGUGGAGAUAUCCAUGUGCCCGAAGUUAAAGGAAGCGGAGCAGAUCAACAAAAUAUCCCGCCUAAGUUGCAUACCAUCAACAAUUUCCCAUAUUUGUACUGAUAACUAUCAGUUCCCAGUUUGCACCAUCGUAGCAAACUCGUUGUAA